AUGAGUACAUCAGAGGGACAGUUCAGGCUGAGAGGCUGGAGACAAGUAUCAGGCCCUCAGUCUGCAGGGGCUCAGGCCACUGAAGUGCUCAGUCUCAACCAGGAAGGAGCAGUGCUGAGGAAGGAUGAGGCCCUGGGUUCGCUCCAACAGGUCCAGAUCAGUCCAGCCGUGUGGCAUGCGAUCACCUGCUCAACCAGUGAGCUAUGCUGGCGUUACAUAAGCCAGCUUUUGUUGGGCAAGUGUGAUAAAUUCUCUGUAUUUAUUUUGUUUUUGUUUGUUUUUGUUUUUUUCUCCCAGGUUGCAAUAAAGAUCAUCGAUAAAACACAACUGAACCCAACCAGCCUUCAGAAGGUGUUUCGAGAGGUACGCAUCAUGAAAACUCUGAACCAUCCAAACAUAGUCCAGUUAUUUGAGGUGAUUGAGACAGAGAAGACACUUUACCUGAUUAUGGAGUACGCUAGCGGAGGGGAAGUGUUCGACUACCUCGUGGCUCAUGGCAGAAUGAAGGAGAAAGAGGCCAGAGCCAAGUUCAGACAGAUUGUUUCAGCGGUGCACUACUGUCAUCAGAAGAACAUUGUUCACAGAGACUUGAAGGCGGAGAACUUGCUUCUAGACGCCGACUCCAACAUUAAAAUAGCCGACUUUGGCUUCAGUAAUGAGUUCAUGACGGGUAAUAAACUGGACACGUUCUGUGGCUCCCCGCCCUAUGCUGCCCCGGAGCUCUUCCAGGGGAAGAAGUAUGACGGUCCAGAGGUGGACAUCUGGAGCCUGGGGGUAAUUCUGUACACGCUUGUCAGCGGGUCCCUGCCCUUUGACGGACAGAACCUAAAGGAGCUGAGAGAGCGUGUUUUGAGGGGGAAAUAUCGCGUGCCCUUCUACAUGUCAACAGACUGCGAGGGAAUCCUUCGCCGCUUCCUGGUCCUCAACCCCACCAAGCGCUGCUCGCUGGAGCAAAUAAUGAAAGACAAGUGGAUUAAUAUUGGCUAUGAUGGCGAUGAGCUGAAGCCUCACAUGGAGCCUGUGGAAGACUUUAACGAUACCAGCCGCAUUGAUGUGAUGAUUGGGAUGGGAUUCACCAGAGAAGAGAUCAGAGAUGCGCUGGCCAAUCGAAAAUACAAUGAGCUCACUGCCACAUACCUGCUGCUGGGACGCAAGACGGAGACGGAGGUCACUGACUCUCGGUCUAGCAGCACUUUAAGUCUGGCUCGAAUCCGGUCCGGCGCCAUCACCAACGGAACAAGCAAGCACUCCACUUCUUCUUGCUCCUCGGGGGCACAGUCUUCCUCUUCUGGCCAUAAGGCACAGCGCAGUGCCUCCACGUACCACCGCCAGAGACGACACUCUGAUUUCUGCGGUCCAGCUGUUCCAGGAUCAACACACCCAAAACGAAGUCCCAGCGGUGUAGCUGAAGGGGCGGGGCUUAGAGAGGAGCGGCUGUCGAUACGCAAGCCAAGCACCAACACUGUUGGCUCCCGUAGCAUCCCCACCCCCUCCAGUCCCAUGGUUAGCUCUGCUCACAACCCAAAUAAAUCUGAGAUACCUGACCGGCGUAAGGAGGUUAACUCAACCACGAAUAACAUCCCUGCUAGUGCUAUGACUCGAAGGAACACGUAUGUGUGCACAGACCGAUCCAACUCUGAUAGACACUCCCUGCUACAAAACGGCAAGGAAAACAGUUCCACAUCCCACCGCCUCCCCCCUGCCUCCCCCUCUACCCACAGCAUUGCAGGUGCCUCUGGGACCUCCUCCUCAUCCUCCACGCCUUCCUCCCGUCUGUCCCGGGGAUCCACAGUGAGGAGCACUUUUCACGGAGGGCAGAUUAGAGACCGCCGGCCUCCCUCUCACGCUCCUCCAGCGUCUCCUACGCUGUCCCACGAUGCCAGCCCACUGCCCCAUGCCAGGACCCGGGGUACGACCAACCUGCUCAGCAAAAUCACCUCCAAGUUGACUCGCAGGGUCACUCUUGACCCUUCUAAACGUCAGAGCUCAAACAAGUCCAUGUCGGGCUGCACCCUCCCGCAGGGAACAAAAACAGUUAGGUCACAGACGAACCUGAGAGAAUCAGCAGAUCUCCGGUCACAAGCCUCAGCUGCUCCAGCCCAGUCUCAGGUUAAAAACAGCAGUCGCCAUCUAUCUGGGCAUCAGAAAGCGGCCGAGCCCCGGACCCCCCGAUGCGGCUGGGAUGUGAGGGUACGGAGCCCCCGCGACCCGGCCGAGGUGGUGCUAGCGCUGCGUGAGGCGGCACAGGGCUGCGGCUGCCAGGUCCACCUGGCCGGGCCUUUCCUCCUGUCCUGCACCCACGGAGCAGCCGGGGCCCGCGUGGCCUUCGAGGCCGAGGUCUGCCAGCUGCCCAGCGGGCUGGGCCAGAGCAGCGGUGUAAAGUUCAAGCGCCUCUGGGGGGCACCGUUAGCCUUUAGAGACAUUGCCACCAAAGUGUCCAAGGAGCUGGAGCUCUGAGGGCAACCGGGGGUGGGGCAGAUUGACAACGCACAGGACAGGUUAAUGAAUGAUGAGGGAUGAAGAGGAGAAGGGUCACAAGCCCUCUUCUCUUCAUCCCUGGGCUCCACCUCAGCUGGCGUGGCUAAUGAUGCCUCGCCUCCGCCAAAGACCCUCUUCUUCUGAUGCCACCAGUCACAGGCAGACAAAUGGAUACACAGAUGUGGAUCGCCCACCGCUGCAGGCUUAUGAUGACCCUUGACCUUGGAGCUGUCAGUGACCUACAAUCCCUGCUUAACACCACCACCGUAAAAAAAUGAGCCCAUAGAGUCAGACUGUUUUUGUUUUCAUGAUUUCAUAUUUGAUGAUGAUGAUGAUGGGGAUGGUGCGAAUGAUGGCGCUGAAUAAGUUGUUGUUGUUGACAUUGUUAUUCCUUUUGUAUCAUAUUUGUUGUCAUUCCUUUUUAAAGAGCUGCUAUUUAAAGAAAUGUUUUCAUUUUUGUGUAUUAAGUUUAUUUUCUUUCUUUAGUGCUUUUAAAACGGGCAGACAUUUGGCAAACGUCACAUAUUUAAGCGAGGGCGUAGUGUGACCUCCGGCCUCUAGAGGGAGACAUGCAGAAAUGCAAAGACAAGCGUUGCAGAAAUUCUGCCCAUCCAUGAACAAAACUGGUGUUUCUGCUCAUUUGGGAGUCUGACGUGUUUGCAUCAUUUCAGGUAAACUGCUUCUCUGCCUGCUGGGCUCAUAGCUGGCAGGUGAAGCGCUUACAGACAAGCAAAGCUGCCUAAUAAUACAGGACCAACCUGAUUAUUUAAGCGUUCGCUCUGAUCCUUAAAAACAAAUACAACUUCACCAAAUGUUUGUCCUUUAAAGUGCUAAGUUUAAUGUGUUCCUUGCAAUAGAAGAAAUUAAUUUUAAUACCUAACAGGAAGUCCCUGUAUCCAUGUUGGUUUCAUCAGUUUUAUGUUGUAUUUUUCUUAAAAAAACAAACAGAAACAACAAGCCAAUCGGAGUGCAUUAUUGUGACACAGACACACAAGUUAAACAACCAGUGUGUAGGAUUUUGUAGCAUCUAAGAGUGAGGUUGUGGAAAACAUCCUUACAAGCACAUGUUAGGCUCUCUUGAGCCGGUGUUUGGGUUUCUUAGUCUGACCCAGUUGACGGUUCGAUGCUCUGGAUGCAGGAGAAGCUCUCACUGUGUAGAUACAAAUGGCUAAAGUUAAGCUAAAAAUGUGCAAUGCGUAGUUACAUGUGCUUCUACACUAAUGUAAACAUAACUAUGAAUGCCAUAUACAUUUCUGCUAAUGGAGCUUCAGGACUCCUACGCACUGGUCCUGAUGAAAGUAGUUCCAGUAAAUAAAGAGUAAAUGCAUUUAAUGAAAAUACACUUUUGCCCAUCAAAAUUUUAAAAAAGAAUACUACUUUAAAAAAUGGCAACUAAAAAGAUUCACUUCCUGUUUUACCAGGCUAAUCCAAACACGAUUUAACCUCCUACUUCUGACAGUCUCCUAGAUCACUCAUGACCUGCUCAGGGUUUGGGUUUUAGCCACAUGCCACAUGAAGUCUUAUCAGUUAACCCUGGAAUCGCUGUUUUCCCUUAACCUAACCAUAAACGCUUGAGCUGGCAGAUGCUGAGAGGUUAAAAACUUGGUCCAUUUUCCAAAAGUGAUGACUCAUAUUUUAAUAAAAACAUUCAUAAAAGGAAGAAAGAGACCUUUAGGUUUUUUUCCUCAUAAUUUUAUCCCCAAACAAAUGCUGUAGUGUAGGAUUUGAUGCUUCACUGUGUAGUUAACAUUACGAAACAGUAUCCCAGCUUUUUGCCACUGCUUCACUUGAGUGUAGUGCAAUGCAGACACAAAGCCAAGAAUCAAGACUUGAAUAAGCACCGAUUACGAUUAACAGGGCUCCUUGUUUGUUUUAUUUUUAUUUUUUUUAUUGCUGUAACCUUUUUGAAAUUUAUUAAGCACUUUCUUUUCUAUUUUUAAAAACUUUUUCCCCUUUUUUCUUUUUAAUAUCCCAUUUUCUUUAACCCCAUUUAAAGCCGACUGCAAAGAAUACUAAGAAUCAUCCUGAAUGUCUUUCUUUGCUUAUAUGGCUUCUUGACUUUACAUGGUAAAAUCAGCUGUGACGUCUUCAGGUUUCCAGGUAGAUGUGCCACUUGGUUACAGUGACGUUACUGUAACCAAAUUAGAGGGAACCGAUGUACAGGUACGUUUAAAAAGUACCAAAUUUCUAAUGAACUCUCAACUCAAAUGAAAAUCUGUCUUACAUCAGUCUUUUUUUUGUGCUUUAUUACACUGAUUUCUUUGAAACAUCUUUACCAAACUGUAGACUUUAAUCUCUGUUUACCAAUCAGACUGCAGCACUGCUGAAAGGUGUAUGACUGUUGACCAACCAGACUUAAGUAUUGCUGUAAGAGGUUUUUGACUGUUAACCAAUCGAACUCCUGCCUUGUCAAAGCUUGUGGCGUGCGCGUUGAUGAGGCAGUAGUUUAAAGGGGGAAUGUGACCUUGAAUGACCUUUUAAGAAUUCAUUUUUCUUUUAUAAAAAAAAAGACUUUGCUGCUCAUUAAAGAUCAUAGUUACCAAAAUUAUACCAACAGAGACUCCGCUUAGCGCUACGGUGAUCACACAUUGGUGCACGGACACUGAUAACUCCAAAAUCACAAGGUUGUUGUACGUCUAUUGUAACUCUAUAAAGCUACGCAACUAUAACUUGUCCUUUUCAAGUAUGCAGCAUCUGACAAAACACUGGGAAUGGAAACGUUGGAUGUUAGAGCAGAUUUGUGAUCUUUCACUACAGCAAUUUAUCUGUUUCAUGGGAGAUUUCAGCCGCGGCAGGUCUCCACCGCUGUCUGAUAAUGUGAAGCUGUGAUUUAGGGCUAGUUUUGCAGAUUUCUUUCUUUUUUUGUUUGUUUUAUUUUUUAUUUCGUGUAUAACGGAGCCUCGCCCCGUGGGGCUGUUCUCUAGAUACGGUUAGGGCCGCGCUUUAAGGCUACAGUUCUGUUGUGUAGUGUGUUUAAAGCCGUCGCUGUUAUCAGUAAAACUUAACUUAUGGGCUGAAAUUACAGAAAUGAUCGACCUGCAAUCCUGCAUGUCUCCUUGGAAAUAACGUGUCACACAAAUAAAGACUUUCAACCUCUUUCUUA